ACAGCUGAGCUGCAACCGUGACACCAUCUCGCCUUCCAGAGCAACACUGAAGUAGCCUCAUACAUGUUUCUGCUGCUUUGAAAAGAUCAUGGGGAACCGGUGCGCGGAGCCGAUCGUCUUCACUGGGUUCAGAGCCUGAGCCGCCUGCUUUCGUCUUCAUCAUUGUUAUGGAAAGGGCUCAGUGAUAUUUUAAUUCUAAACUCAAUAGCAAUUUUUGGAUCACAAUCGCUACAAUACUUCUGUUUCUCUCCUCGCGCCUGUUGUGGCUUGCUGGUACAAUGGGGUGUUGCAGUGGACGUUGCACGUUGAUUUUUCUUUGCAUUUUCCAGCUGAUGGUUGCAUUGGAAAGACAGGUAUUUGACUUCCUGGGCUACCAGUGGGCACCUAUCCUGGCCAACUUCUUUCACAUUAUCAUCGUCAUCCUGGGCCUCUUUGGCACCAUCCAGUACAGACCACGCUACAUUGUGGUGUAUGCCAUUUGGACAGCACUCUGGGUGGCAUGGAACGUUUUCAUUAUCUGCUUCUACCUGGAAGUGGGAGGUCUAUCCAAGGAGAGUGACCUCCUGACCUUUAACAUCUCAGCGCACCACUCGUGGUGGAGCGAGCACGGGCCGGGCUGUGUGCGCAGGGAGAUGCCCACCCCGGGCAUGCGCAGCCUGGACAGCCACUCCUACAUCUCCGUCAUGGGCUGUCUGCUGGAGUACCAGUACAUCGAGGUCCUGCACAGCGCCUUCCAGAUCCUGGUCGCACUCCUGGGGUUCGUCUACGCCUGCUAUGUUGUCAGUGCCUUCACAGAGGAGGAAGACAGCUUUGAUUUUAUUGGUGGAUUUGAUCCAUUCCCCCUCUACCAUGUCAAUGAGAAACCAUCUCACCUCCUCUUAAAGCCCAUGUACCUGUCUACGUAAAUAGAGCUUCGGGGUGUGUGAAGGUCAUUUCUGAAGAUGGAGAGGGAGGUCUGACAUGGAGAACUGGAACAGAAGAGAGAUGCUGCAUCACAUCAGUGUGGAAGUCCAGGGGACUAUGCAAGAGCAUUCCUCUGCUUCACAUUUAUUUUCAGUCAUUUUCAGUGUUGUCGGUAAACUUCUUUAAAAAAUACAACACUUCCGAGUUGUUUACAAUUCUCUGGGGAUAAUGGUUUAGUUUUGGAGGGGGAAAUCUACAGCGGAACUUGAGAGCAAUUUGAUGCACAGUUUUAAAUGAACUAUUAUUUGUAUAACGAAUGGGAGCAGUCAAUAAGGAUUCAAUGCCUGUGGCACUGUUUUCUCAUUGCUGUCUCUGUCAUUGUUUUGUCAGAAGUACAGAAGUGCAUAGUGAACACUCGCCCAGCUGAAAAGUCCUGAAGAGUUCCUAGCCUCAUUUUUGUUUGUCGUCCGUUAUUGUUUUAUUAAUAGCUAUUGAUUGACUGUGUGGUUUGCGUCAGACCCAGGACUGAUGGAUACACUGGCCUUGCAGAAAGAGGAAGGAAAUGAACAUGCAUUUGAAAACAAAGCUGUGAAACCCCAAGGAAAGGAACAAUUAAAACUUAAAAAUGUUUUCCGCUGGGUUCAAAAAACAACAUAACGUCUUGUUGUGAAUGGCACUAAACUAAAGAGAAAGACAUGUCAAAGCUGAGACAUUUAUGUUUUGACUUCAAUAUACAGUAGCAACUUUUGUUCUUUUGUAAGAAAGAAAACUUCCAUUUGUGAAAUGUCACAAGCUAUUUUUAGACAGUGUUUUAAUAAAGUGGGUGCUUUGGAGCUGCCGGGAGUGGAAUUGAGGAAUGCCCAUUAUCUCCAUACACUCAUUCCCCAUGGGUAAAAUAAGAGACACAGCUGGAGAAGAUACUACAUGGGGAGUGAGGUAUUGAUAUAGUGGACUAAUAAAAGCUGCCUCAAUCUCCAGCAGCUACUUACUGUAUUUGUUUGAAUGUGGCAGAAGGGAAGGGGGGUUACUGUGGUUAAGUAAGUCAUAAAUAUUUGCAGAGGGUGUUGAAUAGCAUUGUUAAUUUACAGCCCAGUGCAGUAUCAGCACUAAUACUCAGGUCACCCACCCACCACAUGGUUGCGACUAUAUUGAACUGUAUGCUUUUUUUCUCAGUGGGUAACAGAGAAUAGCAGAAUGUACAUGGAUCACAAAGGAAUCAUACAAGGAGCAGCCCGUGAUUAACUGAGCUUAAUAUAUUGGCAAUAACUGGAGGCAAACUAGCUGAAGACCAUCUAUAAUGUUGGAAUUGCAUUCAAAGAAAAAGCAGUUCUUCACUUAUUGCUAGUGUGUGCAGAGCUACUCAGAGGUCAGAAUAACUGAGUAGCCCCCCUCUCAUAUCAUGGUCAUGUUGUUGGUGAUAUGAGGAGGUGAUUCCCUCACUCUGUUCCUAUGGCUUCAUUGUUGUCAUGAAUCUAUGCUGCCCCCUAAUGUUGAAUGUGUGUAUUAAUUGUCUGGCAACUAAAUUAAUUUCUAUCAAAAUGCAAGCAUUUUUUUUUUACAUUUGACAAGAUUCAUCAUUAAAAUGUGAAUGAUAAAAACAAAAAGCUUUUUAAAAAAACUGUGUGAAAAACGGUAACAGGGACCACUAGUGCCAGUGUUUUCUCUUGCUCUACACAUUCUCUUGAACUGGUUGUUCUGCAUGUGCGUUCUUCUGUAGUUGUUGUAUUGCAUUACAUCACAGCUUGUUAGAUGUAAAGUAAAUGUCAUCACUACCCUGUGCAGAAAAUAUGUAUUUGAGGUUUCAAUUAGUCUUACUCCAGUCUUGAAUUCAAUUUACUUUUUCUUAAGAGAUGUACAUGAUUUGUUAAAUUCAAGAAAUAAAUGUUGAAAACAUUUGUCACAAGAUAAGUGAUCUUGAAUUAAAAAAAAAUUAAAAACAGCCUUUUCAAUGGCUUCUGAAAAUGGUUUGAAUUAAACAUUUGAUUCUAAUUUAUUUAAGCAUGAUUGCAUGCUCAGAAUCAGGUCAAGGAUAAGGACCAUUCUGCCCAGUGCUGAGGAGGUAGAGGCCCUCUGUUCAGCUCACAUGCAGGCACCAUUAAUAGUUUAAAUAAUGUACAGUACAUAACAGCUUGCAUUUAGAAUUCACGAGGGCUAACCAAAACGGAGUAUCCUGGCAAGGUUUUCUUUUGAUGCACUUGUAUUGGUUUGUGUAUAGGGUGUCGUUUUGCAGUGGUCACCCAGUGAACAAGUCAUGUUGCCAUUGCUCUUCCUUACCGUGAAUAGUCUACCGUAUCAUUUUUUUUUAUAUUAUAAUUUCAUUUUACCUGAUGUAUCAUGUUCAUUAGAUUAUUUAAUGUCAUUUUUAUCAAAUGCUUUUUGUAUUACAUAACUGUUACAUACAAGUCAUGCAUCCCAUAAUGAUUGUGAUCCUGUUAACAUUUGUGGUUUGUACUCAAAAGUGUACAUAGAAGUUUGUUAAUAAAUUGUGUACUUUUAAUGAA